UUGAGCACAGUGGCUUUGAUGACUAAUUGGUUUCAGAGAAAUAUGAGUCCUUGACUAUUCUAGCUUAUUCCCAAACAUUUUCUAAAUAUUUCUUCCUCUCAGAUGUGUCCAGUUCAGGAAAUUGCUUCCUACCUCAGUUGGCGCAUCCAACCUGCAUGGGCGCUCAACGGCACUCGAUGGUACUUGCAGCACAUCACGUAUUAGACAACCCUCGGAAGUACAGCCUUUGCUUUUUUCUCAGCUUUUAUUGUCACAAGAUAUUAGUACACUGGACUCUUGACAGUAAAUAGUGGCUUUGACUCACAGUGUUAACACUGGAUUUGAUAUUGUCCUAGGCUAAACUUGAGAGUGUCCCGGGAGGCUAGGGGAAAGCUGCCUGCCGGCAUCACUGCUGGGGUGCAGGGAGGAAGCCACGCCCCCCGUGAGGAUGGCCCAGCCCUGGCCUGGAGCUCCUGGAGAACCUGCUGCUCUUGGCGGCCUGCAGGCCUUUGGGUUCCUUCUAGCCUGAGCAAAGCUGGCCAGAAUAAGAGACUGGGGUUAAGGGAGGCCAGGCAGAAACAGGUUUCCUUGCGGAACUCAGGUCUGAGGGAAAAGCAGCAGGGUGCUCCAGUCUCCCCUUCACCUGCCACCCCCACUUCCUUCCCCUCCUACCUGGGGAUGCAAGGCCCUCCCGGAAGGGCAGAGGGGUGGGGGCUUCAGGGAAAGCAGCUCUUGCACCCAAGGCAGUCGCCUGGCUUCUUGCUGAGAGUGGCUGUGUGCAGGGGCAGGUCUAGCAGAAAUAUUUUCUUUUAACUUUUAUUAUGGACAUUUUCAAACAUCCGCAUGAGUAGAGAGAAUGGCAUCACAAACACUCAAGGACCUGUCAUCGCCGGCGACAGUUGUCAGCUGUGCGCAGAUCCUAUUCCAGCUACUCCCACAGACCUGGGAUGUGGCAGGGCCCUCAGCCUCCCAGCUGGGUGGACACGGGCCCCGCUCACUGCCCAGCCUUCAGCCCUCAGAGAUGGGAGGAGUGAACAUCAGCCAGGUCCACGCUACUGUCAGAGCCAGAUUGCCCAGGUGGGAACAUCCUGCUUAUAAACUUUGGAGUGUCUUUAAUGGUUUUCCUGUUUGUUCAACAGUUCCCCCACCACUCCUUCAGACUGUGGUAUAGCCCCCUCUACUACACACCACUGAGCAGGACCCUUGACCCUCGUUAUUUUAUGACCGGACCGCUGGGUGUUUCUGGAACAGGCAUUCAUUGUCAGUGUGGCUGGUGGUCGUGCGUUCCCUCAUAUUGCUUAGUGUGGGCUACACCUAAGACAUUGUUUAAGCAAGGAAAUAGAAAGAAAAGACACACUGCAGGACACCAAAGCCCAAUCUUCAUGAUCAGCCCGUUGUUAGGCCCGGGUGGCUUUGAACUUGUGUAUAACUGAGGGCUUCUCCAGCUUUAUUUUCUCACCUUCCCAGAACAUUGCAGUCUUCAGAAUCUGUUUGCUGGUUGUUGUUUUUUGUUUUUUUGUUUUUUUUUCUCUAGAGGUCUGUGCUAAUCGCGUGCUUCUUAUGAGGGAUGGGAAGUGUGACUGUCCUCGGUGUGCUCUGAAGACAAAGGCAGAAGACCGGGAAUCACAGAGCCCAUCCUCAUUGCCUUCUGGGCAGAAGAACAUUUGGAAAACAACUAGUAAAGCAGCGUUAAGUGUUGUUAAUGAAAAAACACAGGCUGUUGUUAAUGAAAAAGCACAGGCGCCUCUGGAUUGUGAUCACAGUGCUGAUAGAAUUCCCCACAAACCUUCCAUUAUAAUCGCAAGGGUCUGGAGCAGUGGUGUCCGCAGGUUCCAUCACAGGCGGCUGUGUGCCACUGGGACCACGGACAGCACAUUCUCUGGCCUUCUCCAGGUUGGUAUCUAA